GCGUGGUGACAAAGCCCUUGCCCAUCCGAUCAUCAUGUGCACGCGGGUGUCCCCUAACCCUGAGCCAGGGUGCCAUCUAUUCCCAGAGGGAGAGGAGGAAGGAGAGGUGGAGGGCAGAGAGAGGGCAGAGUUAGACAUGGACAGUGCUGUGGAGAGUAACCCGGGAUCAGAUGUCUCUGAAGGGGGGAGGAACGGAGGAAACAAGGAGGAUGGACUGGGGGCACUCUUCUUUCCUGGGGACAAGUGAGUACCUCUUUUAGUUGUUAAUCUGUGUGUGGUGUUGAACAUGGUGUCUUUAUGAAUGAACUUUCUUUAUUAAAAAAAUACUGUAGAGAUUAGGCUCGUACAUGUAACUCAUCUAUCUCAUGUGAAAUAUAUAAUUUGCAAUCUUAUAAAAAAAUCUGCACUGUCAGUGUCAGAAUUUGAAUAGUCACCCUUAGAAUUUAAAAAUGAAUGUACAAUUUGUAUUUUUUUUUUACGUAUUGAAUGCCACUUCCUGAAAGUCUACUUCCUGUUUUUGCAGGUGCAGUCAGCUAAACCCAUCGGUGACCUCUGACCUAUCGACGCGUUCCUCUGCCUCUCUGAACGAGGAGCAGUUUGAGGACUACGGAGAGGGAGAGGACGUGGACUACACUCCCAGCAGCCCCUGCCCCGAGGACGAGACGCGCACCAACGGCUACUCUGACCUGGGCUCCUCUGUACCCUCCAGGUAAGAGGAGACACAGACACACUAAUACACAGACACACUAUUACACUGACACACUAUUACACAGACACACUAAUACACAGACACACUAAUACACAGACACACUAUUACACAGACACUAAUACACAGACACACUAAUACACAGACACACUAUUACACAGACACACUAUUACACAGACACACUAUUACACAGACACACUAAUACACAGACACACUAAUACACAGACACACUAUUACACAGACACUAAUACACAGACACACUAUUACACAGACACACUAUUACACAGACACACUAAUACACAGACACACUAAUACACAGACACACUAUUACACAGACACUAAUACACAGACACACUAAUACACAGACACACUAUUACACAGACACACUAUUACACAGACACACUAUUACACAGACACACUAUUACACAGACACACUAUUACACAGACACACUAAUACACAGACACACUAUUACACAGACCUACUAAUACACAGACACACUAUUACACAGACCUACUAAUACACAGACACACUAUUACACAGACACACUAAUACACAGACACACUAAUACACAGACACUAUUACACAGACACUAUUACACAGUCACACUAAUACACAGACACACUAAUACACAGACACACUAAUACACAGACACACUAUUACACAGACACACUAAUACACAGACACACUAAUACACAGACACACUAAUACACAGACACACUAAUACACAGACACACUAAAACACAGACACACUAUUACAUAGAGUACAGAAAGUUGCAGAACACCAUAUGCAACAAGAAAUACAAACAUAGACAUGACCAAAACUGUGACAUUAUAUGAGACAGAAACACAAACACGAAGAUGAUUCAAUACCUGUCAAACAUCAUGUGACCCCGAAAGGCAAACUCAUAAACUUACAGAAAUCUGCAUAACACUGUGCAACAGAAAGAUGACAAAUACAUGCACAGCAUCACCCAGCCCAUAAACACAAACACACAGAGCUAAGAGUUUGAACGAUUUCAUAUCCCAGUGAUGAUGACUUACUGAACUCCACAGAGCAUAAUGUUCUUCUCCCAAAAAAUAUAUUUUCACAAAACACCCCCUGUCAAGUCUCAUACCCCCUGUCCUAUACCCCCCCUGUGCGUGUGUGUGUGUGUGUUUGUGUGUGUGUGUGUGUGUACCCACUUCAGGCUGCUUCUCUCCUCUCUCACAGCUUAGCUUACCAAACUCAUUAGUUUUUACUCUUGACUGGAACAGAGUAGGAUGAUAUCCCAAUGGUACCCUAUUACCUACAUAUUGCACUACUUUUGAACAGAGCCUUAUGGACCCUGGUCAAAAGUAGUGCACUAUAAAGGGAAUACGGUGCCAUUUGAGACGUAGCCUAUAUGGCCCCCAGGGCCUCUCUUGAUUAAUAUUCAUCUAUAGAGCUGUUUUUAAGGAGGAUUUACUCCCAACACUAUUCGGCUUCCUUGUUCCUGCUCAGAAUAUCAAGUACAUAAAGUCAUUACUAUGGACUUUUCUUUUUUUUGUCCUACUUUUAAGUUGAGUUUAGAUUAGUGCUUUAUGAUAUUUUUAGAUGGUUGGGUACGUUUCCAUGGAAAUGUGAACAUACAGUGCAUUCGGAAAGUAUUCAGACCCCUUGACUUUUUCCACAUUUUGUUAUGUUACAGCCUUAUUCUAAAAUGGAUGAAAGAGGUUUUUUCCCUCAUCAAUCUACACACAAUACCCCAUAAUGACAAAGCAACAACAUGUUUUUAGAAAUGUUUGCAAAUUUAUAUAAAAAAAAAAAAAUGAAAUAAGACAUUUACAUAAGUAUUCAGGCACACCUGUAUUUGGGAAGUUUCUCCCAUUCUUCUCUGCAGAUCCUCUCAAGCUCUGUCAGGUUUGAUGGGGAGCGUCACUGCACAGCUAUUUUCAGGUCUCUCCAGAGAUAUUCGAUCGGGUUCAAGUCCGGGCUCUGGCUUGGCCACUCAAGGUCAUUCUGAGACUUGUCAUGAAGCCACUCCUGCGUUGUCUUGGCUGUGUGCUUAGGGUUGUUGUCCUGUUGGAAGGUGAACCUUUGCCCCAGUCUGAGGUCCUGAGCAAUCCGGAGCAGGUUUUCAUCAAGGAUCUCUCUGUACUUUGCUCCGUUCAUCUUUCCCUCGAUCCUGACUAGUCUCCCAGUCCCUGACGCUGAAAAACAUCCCCGCAGCAUGAUGCUGCCACCACCAUGCUUCACCGUAGGGAUGGUGCCAGGUUUCCUCCAGACAUGACGCUUGGCAUUCAGGCCAAAGAGUUCAAUCUUGGUUUCAUCAGACCAGAGAAUCUUGUUUCUCAUGGUCUGAGAGUCCUUUAGGUGCCUUUUGGCAAACUCCAAGCGGGCUGUCAUUUACCUUUUACUGAGGAGUGGCUUCCGUCUGGCCACUCUACCAUAAAGGCCUGAUUGGUGGAGUGCUGCAGAGAUCGUUGUCCUUCUGGAAGGUUCUCCCAUCUCCACAGAGAAACUCUGGAGCUCUGUCAGAGUGGAUAUCGGGUUCUUGGUCACCUCCCUGACCAAGGCCCUUCUUCUACGAUUGCUCAGGUUGGCUAGGCGGCCAGCUCUAGGAAGAGUCUUGGUGGUUCCAAACUUCUUCCAUUUAAGAAUGAUGGAGACCACUGUGUUCUUGGGGACUUUCAAUGCUGCAGACAUUUUUGGUACUAUUCCCCAGAUCUGUGCCUCGACACAAUCCUGUCUCUGAGCUCUACGGACAAUUAUUUCGACCUCAUGGCUUGGUUUUUGCUCUGACAUGCACUGUCAACUGUGGGACUUUUUACAGACAGGUGUGUGCCUUUCCAAAUCAUGUCCAAUCAAUUGAAUUUACCACAGGUGGACUCCAAUCAAGUUGUAGAAACAUCUCAAGGAUGAUCAAUAGAAACAGGAUGCACCUCAGCUCAAUUUCGAGUGUCAUAGUAAAGGGUCUGAAUACUUAUGUAAAUAUGGUAUUUCUGUUUCUAUUUCUUUUUUUUAUAAAUUAGCAAAAAUUUGCAAAAAUGUUUUAAAACCAGUUGUCGCUUUGUCAUUAUGGGGUAUUGUGUGUAUCCAAUUUAGAAUAAGGCUGUAACGUAACCAAAUGUGGAAAAAAUGAAGGGGUCUGAAUACUUUCCUAUAGCACUGUAUGUGAACAUAUGGUAUGUGUGUGGUAUGUGUUGUGGUGUUGUGUUGUUAUAGUAAUAGGAACGUAUUGUAGUUUGAACAGGAAUAGGUGUGGUACUACUCUCAUAGUACAGUGGUCCUGUGAAUACAGUGUACUGUGUGUUUGCACGUACACUACCGUUCAAAAGUUUGGGGUCAGAAAUGUCCUUGUUUUGGAAAGAAAAGCUUGUUCUGAGAAAUUAAGGCUAUUCCAUGCGAGAAAUUGCCAAGAAACUGAAGAUCUCGUACAACAGUGAAGAGGCGACUCCGGGAUGCUGACCUUCUAGGCAGAGUUGCAAAGAAAAAGCCAUAUCUCAGACUGGCCAAUAAAAAGAAAAGAUUAAGAUGGGCAGUCUGAGAUAUGGCUUUUUCUUUGCAACUCUGCCUAGAAGGUCAGCAUCCCGGAGUCACCUCUUCGCUGUUGACGUUGAGAUUGGUGUUUUGCGGGUACUAUUUAAUGAAGCUGCCAGUUGAGGACCUGUGAGGCGUCUGUUUCUCAAACUAGACACUCUAAUGUAUUUGUCCUCUUGCUCAGUUGUGCACCGGGGCCUCCCACUCCUCUUUCUAUUCUGGUUAGAGCCAGUUUGCGCUGUUCUGUGAAGGGAGAAGUACACAGCGUUGUACGAGAUCUUCAGUUUCUUUGCAAUUUCUCGCAUGGAAUAGCCUUCAUUUCUCAGAACAAGAAUAGACUGACGACUUUCAGAAGAAAGUUAUUUGUUUCUGGCCAUUUUGAGCCUGUAAUCGAACCCACAAUUGCUGAUGCUCCAGAUACUCAACUAGUCUCAAGAAGGCCAGUUUAAUUGCUUCUUUAAUCAGCACAACAGUUUUCAGCUGUGCUAACAUAAUUGCAAAAGGGUUUUCUAAUGAUAAAUUAAAAUGAUAAACCUGGAUUAGCAAACACAACGUGCCAUUGGAACACAGGACUGAGGGUUGCUGAUAAUGGGCCUCUGUACGCCUAUGUAGAUAUUCCAUAAAAAAUCUGCCGUUUCCAGCUACAAUAGCCAUUUACAACAUUAACAAUGUCUACACUGUAUUUCUGAUCAAUUUGAUGUUAUUUUAAUGGACAAAAAAAAUAGCUUUUCUUUCGAAAACAAGGACAUUUCUAAUUGACCCCAAACUUUUGAACGGUAGUGUACAUGUCAUGUGUUUGUGUGUGUGGGCGGGGAUGGGUGUGGUGUGAAUACAGUGUACUGUGUGUUUGCACGCGCAUGUAAUGUGUUUGUGUGUCUGCUGUAUUUGUAUUUAUGAUGAUCCCAGUAGUUCCUGCCAAGGCAGCAGCUAUUCCUCCUGGGGUCCAGCAAAAUUAAGGCAGUUAUAUACAAUUAAAAACAUUUACAUUAUAUUUCACAACAGAUUUCACAACACAUUAAGUGUAUUCCCUCAGGCCACUACUCUACUACCACAUAUCUACAACACAAAAUCCAUGUGUACGUGUGUGUAUAGUGCGUAUGCGUGUCUGUGCCUGUGUGUGUGUCUCUUCACACACACAGGUGUAUUUGUUAUCUGUUUUUUAAAUCUGAUUUUACUGCUUACUGUGUGUGUGUGUGUGUGAUGUGUGUAUAUUCUCUAUCUAACGCUAUAUCUUUAUCUGUGUGUGUAGUGCUGGCCAGACCCCCAGGAAGACACGCCACAUGUACAACAAUGAGAUGAUGGAUGUGUACUGCUCCCAGUGCUGUAAGAAGGUCAACCUACUCAACGACCUGGAGGCCAGGCUGAAGAACCUCAAGGCCAACAGGUAACAUAGGAUAGGACACCAUCACACGUACGCAUACGGCCUAGAGCCCAGCUGAGUAAGUGGAUCUAUAACUAGCAUCAGAUCCUGUGGUCAGGAAAACUCCUUGCUCUAAGAAUGAGAUGUGUUCUCACAGAAAAUGAACCUGGUCAUUAUUUCAGGGAGAUGACAUACUUCUAUUGUCCACUAUGUUUACAUUUACAUUUUAGUCAUUUAGCAGACGCUCUUAUCCAGAGCGACUUACAGGAGCAAUUAGGGUUAAGUGCCUUGCUUAAGGGCACAUCAACAGAUUUUUCACCUAGUCAGCUCAGGGAUUAGAACCAGCAACCUUUCGGUUACUGGCACAACGCUCUUACCCACUAAGCUACCUGCCGCACCUGUUUACCCUGACUGUACUGUAUGUAAGAUAGGUUGAAUAAUACUGCCAUAGUGACCUGCUGUUUAUUUUGGUGAUGUCACAAAGGGCUUAAAUGUAUUGUCCCCACACACACGCACACACACACAACUUGUUACGUAAUUCCCCAAAUGUCAGAAUGGGUCGCCACCAUUCAUUGACCCACAUCAUCAGCGUGUGUAUAAUGAGAGGCAUUGGCGGUCUAUUUUAAGACACGUUAUCCUGUGUGAUCAUUAUGGAGUUAAUCACUUCCUCUGUAAACGAACAGACACACACACACCUGCUUUGAUGGACACACACUGACUGACACACUCACAUCUCACACAGAACUUACAUAUAGACUUGCGCUCUAUUGUACACAGACACACAUACACACACACACACACACACAGACAGACACACACACACACACACACACACACACACACACAAACACACACACACAUACACACCUGGACUCCUACCAUAUGUAAGCCAUAGCAGUAGUGGCCCUAGGCUGGUGAACUCGGUAAUGAAUGUAAUGAAGUGGUGAGGACUCUGGAAUCGUUUUGUCUUCUCAGGGAACAUUAUUUCAUUAACAUUGACAUGCCCUUCGUGCCCUACUCUCCGGUUGUGUCGUAAAUGGCACCCUCUUCCCUUUAUAGGACUCUACUAUUGACCAGGGUCUAUAGGGCUCUAGUCAAUAGUAGUGCACUAUAUAGGAAACAUGGUGCCAUUUGGAACACAUACUCUCUUUCUCCUCUUGUGAAAAAUACUGAUUAACAAUACUAUCUUAAUACCAAUCAAACAGCAAUUAGCUUUACUAUCUAUAAUUCAUUGUUAUAACUAAUAAACUAAAGUCUCUAGACAUAUCCAUGACAUUUGACAAGGGUAAGACUAACUGUGAUGUUUUCUGUUUCUUUUUCUCCAGCCCCAAUAGGAAAAUCUCCAGCACAGCCUUUGGCAGGUCAGUCACGUCUCCAUAUGUAUGUGUUGUUACUGUGUUUGUUUUUGUAUGUUGGCCACUUCCUUAUUGAACCAGUCCCUUAGUCAUGUGAUCAUUAUGUUAGCCAGUGUAUUAGACUACUAUCUAAGUAAUACUUGUGUGCUUACUGUGUUUGUUUUUGUAUGUUGGUUAUUGAUUAAUGAUGACCACUUCCUUAUUGAUCCAGUCCCUUAGUCAAGUGAUCAUUAUAUUAGCCUGUGUAUUAGACUACUAUCUAAGUAAUACUUCCUAAGUAAUAAGGUCAUGGUUUUAGUAUACUGAACCUCUCUACCUCUUCUGUGUUCACUUUACUACUACAGUUACUACUGUGUACAGAUGUAGGAUCUUCAUUUAAGCAGUUUCUCACAGCAGGAAAAUAACCCUGCAGAAACAGGAAAUGUGAAUUAUUGUGUGGAAUAUAAUUAAUGGACAUUUUUGUAGGGGUUAAUCAAUUUUUUGUUAGGGCAAAUCAAGGACAUUUUCUGCAACAACAGGGUGAUCCAAUUAAGAUGCUUGUAUGUACACAUUGAAGCAGGGGCACUGUGUUCAGCUUACAAGUGUACCUGUAUACAAUGCAGUGAAGGCAUUAUUCAUUUUGUUACAGUACAAAACAUACACAUACAAACAACAACAUCACACAAACAUCAACUACAUUUACAUUUUACAUUUACGUCAUUUAGCAGACGCUUUAUCCAGAGCGACUUACAAAUUGGAUAACACCUGCCCAGACCCACAUGCUAACACCCCAUCUCAAGCGCCCACAUCACUCUCUGCCACAUGGCCUCAACUGCAACAACCAAUUUUUUUUCUCUUCUCGUCGCCCACACACUUUCAACAUUUAAAGAUAAUAAAGCAUUUGACCUUUCCAUUGUGUUAACAACAGAGGAUUGGUUGAUUUCCAGUUUUUAAGUAUACAUUUUUUCAAGACGAUUGACGAGAAAGUAUCGUCCAACCCAUCAGGUAUCUCACUGCACCCUCAUAUGCCAUGUCUUGAAUUAUGCAGACAGACGGAUUAAAAGUAAAUUCAUCAGUAAAUUCUAUACAUUAGUUCAUACUGGAUUAAGCGUACAUUUUAGUUAAUUGUAAUUUUGUUAGUUAUGUCCCAACAUUCCAUCCAUCUUGUGCCAAUAUCAGUUAUUUUUAAGUCUUGGUUCCAAUAGUUUAUAUUUAUUUCUAAGAGAUUGUCAGUUAGAUAGGCUCUCUUCAAGGUUUUAUAGCUUACCUAAUAUGAUAUCCUUUCAUUGUGGUCAAUGUACAGUGUAUCUAGGGCUUUGUCCUACUUCCCUCCUCUAGUGAAUUAAACUGACAAAGAGAGAUUGGCCUGCCAGCACUGAUCUAUGUGCAUAGGGAUCAACCUCUCCCCUCCCUCUCUUCUGUUUUCCUUUAUCUCCUCCUCUACUCUCUCCCUCUCUUCUACUCUCCUCCUCUACUCUCUCCCUCUCUUCUACUCUCCUCCUCUACUCCCUCUCUCUCUUCUACUCUCCUCCUCUACUCUCUCCCUCUCUUCUACUCUCCUCCUCUACUCUCUCCCUCUCUUCUACUCUCCUCUCUCCCUCUCUUCUACUCUCCUCCUCUACUCUCUCUCUCUUCUACUCUCCUCCUCUACUCUCCUCCUCUACUCUCUCCCUCUCUUCUACUCUCCUCCUCUACUCUCUCCCUCUCUUCUACUCUCCUCCUCUACUCUCUCCUCUCUUUCUCUCUCCUCCUCUACUCUCUCCUCCCUCUUUCUACUCUCCUCUCUCCCUCUCUUCUACUCUCCUCCUCUACUCUCUCCUCUCUCUACUUACUCUCCUCCUCUACUCCUCUCCCCUCUCUUCCUCUCUCCUCCUCUACUCUCUCCCACUCUUCUACUCUCCUCCUCUACUCUCUCUCUCUCUUCUACUCUCCUCCUCUACUCUCUCCCACUCUUCUACUCUCCUCCUCCCCUCUCUCUCUCUCUCUCUUCUACUCUCCUCCUCUUCCUCUCCCUCUCCCCUCUACUCCUCUACUCUCUCCUCUCUCUCUCCUCCUCUUCUCUCUCUCCUCUCUUCCCUCUCUCUAUCUACUCCUCCUCCUCUCUACUCUCUCUCCUCUCCUUCUCUCCGUCCUCCUCUCUCUUCUCCCUCUCUCUUCUCUCUCUCCUCUCUACUACCUCCCCUCCUCUCCCCUCUUCUCUCCAUUUCAUUCCCUACUCUCUACCUCUCUUCCUCUCCUCUCCUCCCCUACUCUUUCCCUCCCUUUCUCCUCCUCCUCUUAUUGAUGAAUAGUCUCUGUAAUGGAUGCUGGUGUGAAGCCAUUCCAUUAGUUAGAGAGGGGCUAGCUGUCGUGGCGGCAGUUUGAAUGUCACUGUGUGUGUGUGUGUGUGUGUGUGUGUGUGUGCGUGCGUACAUAUGGGCAUGCAUGCCUGUGUGUCUUUGUACUGUAAUAGUGUGUGAUGUGUGUGUGUGCAUGUGUGUGUGUCUGCACUCUAUGCAAUAUCAUCAGCUCCCUCACUGGCACAGCCCUUAUGCUUAUAGUCCCUUUUUCAUCCUAUCCUGCGGCAUUCUCUCUGCAGGAGUGGAGAUGGGAUGUACACACAGUGGCAUUAUGGUUCAGCAGUAAAGCUCAGAUUUAUGCCCUAUGGGGUGAAGCUAGAAAGGGAUAGCGCUAUAGGACUACCACAGUUGUGAGAGAUUUUAAGGUGAAGGGAUAUAGUUUUUUCUUCAAACGGAUCAAGUCUUAGUGGACUGCUUCUAGGUUGCACACUGCACAGUAGCUGUCUUUGUUGGUUACUGUAGGUCCCAGUCUGUUACUGUUUUGGCCUCAAGAACAAAGGAGUUGGCUACAGCUGAAACACACUGGUGCCUGGGCUAACACUACAGUAUGGGAGAUGUAGUUCUGGAAGCUUCUGUUUGCGAGCUGUAGUUUUGGGAGUUUCUGUUUGGAUGGAGUCAUGUGUGUAACCAGCUUCUUCCUCUCUCUUUCGUUCUCUCUGUCUGCAGGCAGCUCCUCCACACCAGUAACUUCAGCAGCAGCAACGGCAGCACGGAGGACCUGUUCCGAGACAGCAUCGACUCCUGUGACAUCGACAUCACUGAGAAGGUACCGUAGAGAUACAUUGUGUUCUAUUUCAUUCUAUGGAAGGUACUGCCAUUUAUUGUGUCUGUCUCUAUCUGUGACCGUUCCACUACCUGCACUCAAUUCUAUUAAGGUGAAAGUUGAUAGGAUACCAAUUGUGAAAUUGAUUGCAUUGGCUGCUACUGUCAAGAGGUGUUCUGCUGUGAAAUGAAAUGAAUGGCUCUGGCAGAGCUUGUUGCUGAUUGUGCUGGCUGAAGUAAGGACAUUGAUAUAACAUAUCUUACCCUCUCUCUCCCUAUUUACCACCUCUCUCUCUCUCUCUCUCUCUCUCUCUCUCUCUUUAUCUCUCUCUCUCUCCCCAACACACAGGUGAGUUACCUAGAGAAGAAAGUAGCAGAGUUGGAGAAUGACACUCUGAUGAAUGGAGAUCUCAAGUCCAAGCUGAAGCAGGAGAACACACAGCUGGUUCACAGGUAGGAGGUUUACACACACACAUGCAUGCCCACCCACCCACACACACACACACACACACACACACACACACACACACGUAGAUACACACACACACACGUAGAUACACACAUACACAUACACACAAACAAACGCACGCACACACAUUUAUUCUUAAAUAUAUAUAUGUGUGUGUGAGCAUGUUUUUGCAUAUCUCAUUUACAGUAUGCUUAUGUUUGUUAAUGUGUGUGUGUGCGUGUGUGUGUCACUCACAGGGUCCACGAGUUGGAGGAGCAGUUGAAGGACCAGGAGGCGCGGGCAGAGCAGAACACAGAGGAAGAGCAGAGACGACACCGUGAAGCCUACAGCAAGAUGGAGAGGGACAGGAACACUGAGAUAGAGCUGCUACACAACCGGUAACACACACACUUACACACACACACACACACACACACACAAACACACUUACUUCAAUCAUUUAUACACUGCAUCAUAGAUACUCAUAUUUACAUUUAUGCGCUAUCUAGAACCUAAAAGGGUUCUUUGGCUGUUCCAAUAGGUAGAACCCUUUGGUUUCCAGGUAAAAACCCUUUUGGGUUCCAUGUAGAAACCUUUCCACAGAGGGUUCUACAUGGAACGCAAAACGGUUCUACCUGAAACCAAAAAGGGUUCUCCUAUGGGGACAGCCGAAUAAUCCCUUUGGAACCCUUUUUUCUAAGAGUGUAGUCCAUAGAGCUAGGUAGAUACCAUAGAUUAGGCCUUGAGGUCCGCUGUACUGCUAAUUUCCAUUUCUCUUUGUUAUUGGCUUUGUUUUGAAUAACCCUGGCAUAUGCUAAACAUGGAUGAAUUAUCAAAAUGUGUUUCCUCUUCUUCCCCCACAGAGUCCAGUUGCUAGAGGAGGAGAACGGAUAUAUAUCGGUGAACAUGUGCAGACUGAAGUCUCAGACAGAGAAACUGGACGAGGUAUGUGCGUCCUUGCUUCCAUAUCAUCCUCAGAGAAACAGUAGACUACAUUUAGUACAAACACACUCAUUAUCACACACUCUCACUCAUGUAACUCCAGUACUACAAUCUCUGCACAGACAGAGACCUCGGUAACUGGUUACAAAACAUGAACACCCACCCAUCAACAGCACAUGACCAAUUGCCAAAGUCACACACGCACACACACACACACACACACACACAUUUGGAGGUGUGAAGGCUACAGCUGGGCUCAUAUCAACACCUCUAUUUCCAGCCUGCCUGGUGAAAACAUGUGAGGAAGUUGGCAUUACUGGUCUGCAUGAUUAUUUGAUUGUGUGGGUGUGAACUCCUAACAGACAGAGUCACACUAACUAAUUACUAUACUAUACACUUCAGGUUGCCUGACGACUCAAACUGAAUUAUUCCGCUGCUCUGUCGUUCACUACAUACUUCAGUCUGAGACUGCCAUCGUUGAAGUCGUUUGUGGUGACGUCCAAAUGAGGGGUGUUGUACAAAACAAAGUAAUCAGCGAUUUGAUUGUAUCAAAGCCAAUCGUAUUUUCAAACUGCCAUUUUAUCCACGUGUAUUCUGGCUCUGGCACAACACAUUGGUUUCUGGGACCAAUCAGAGCGGCUAGAAUGUUUUUCCGUUCUAAAAAUCGUUGGGGAGGGACUCAGAUUCAGACUCAUUACGGAGAAGAAACUAACGUCUGUGGGGGUGGCGUGACGUAGCGUUUGGCCGGAGCAAGGAGUUUGGGUAGCCAGGCAACAUUUCAUUACCAGCUGUAGAGAAUAUGUUUAUGAAUAGCAGUUGUGCAUUUCAAUUUUUUUUGCAGUAUUUGCACUGUGCAUAGUACUGUAAAUUCAUUAAAUGUAUAGUUCAUUUUAAGGUAUGUGUCCUAAUGCUUCUUCUUACAAGACUAUUCACUGUGCAUUAUUAGACUGAAUGUGUUCUUGCUUACCCCAUACAUCCUAACAAACUAAUGUCUUAUUCAUACUGUGGGACCUUUAUUGUGUGAACAACAUGUGACUUUUAUUUUGAUAAGCUACUCUGGAGGUUGGGGGUAGAGCAGAGGUUAUUGGGUAAUCGGGGUCAGUUUUGAGAUUGAGUGACCACCCUCUCUAGCUCGUUGUAUAAUUUUGCCUGUCCCUAAGUUGUUGUACUUGGCCUAUAGGGCCGCCCCGAACUGCACUGUGCUGGCUUGGGUGUUUUCUAUUCACGUGGUCCUUUCCAGCACGGUCCCAGCAACUAUGGUGGAUGUGUAACCAGUCCAGCCCAGAACAUAUUGCCUUGGCUUGGGCCUGUAAUGUGAAUCAGGCAUACGUUUGAAAACAAUACACACUUCAUUCUGUGUGUAUCAUCACAUGUAUUUGAACGUGUCUAUAUGUGUGUGCGGUCAGGAGAAGCAGCGUAUGACAGACAAGCUGGAGGACACCAGUCUGAGGCUGAAGGAUGAGAUGGACCUCUACAGGAAGAUGAUGGACAAGCUGAGACAGAACAGACAUGAGUUCCAGAAGGAGAGGGAGGCCAUGCAGGAGGUGAGAGGAGGGAUAACGCACACACACACACACACACACACAAGCAUGUACACACACUUGUACACACUUUCACAUGUAGUAUGAAAAGAAAGCUUAUGAUGCCUCUCCCACUCCUCUGAAAUCUCUAGUAGCUGAAUGUUUGCACAUAGACCAGUCUGCCCACUGCAUCAGACUGUCUGCCCACUGCAUCAGACUGGUCUAUGUGGCUAUCCCAGGUACCCUUUAUAACUGAACAGUCUUCACGACAGCUACCACAUAUCAUCCCUGGUUGUGUCCCUCUCCUGCAGUUGAUUGAGGACCUUCGUCGGGAGCUGGAGCACCUGCAGCUGUUCAAGCUGGAGACAGAGAAGCCUGGCCGCGGCCGCAGCUCCUCCUCUGGGCUGACGGAGUUCAACGCCAAGACCAGAGAGAUGGAGCUGGAGCACGAGGUCAAGAGACUCAAACAGGUGGGCUUGAGACCUAGUGGCUAUUGCUGACAGGCAUGUGUAGGUGCUGUUUCAACUCUAUAUGAGUGCAUUGUUCCUUCCUCUGUUUGGGAAUUUGCUAGGAUUUAAUUUGGCAAGAGACUCAAACAGGUGGGGCUCAAAAACAAUAUUUUACACAACAUUUGUUUUUUUUACACGCGUUCUCCUCAAUUCCACCCCUAAGUAUACUGUAUGUAUUUGUAAAUGCCACCACUACAGUGAGGGAAAAAAGUAUUUGAUCCCCUGCUGAUUUUGUACGUUUGCCCACUGACAAAGAAAUGAUCAGUCUAUAAUUUUAAUGGUAGGUUUAUUUGAACAGUGAGAGACAGAAUAACAACCAAAAAAAAUUCUGACGCAUGUCAGAAAUGUUAUAAAUUGAUUCGCAUUUUAAUGAGUGAAAUAAGUAUUUGACCCCCUCUCAAUCAGAAAGAUGUCUGGCUCCCAGGUGUCUUUUAUACAGGUAAUGAGCUGAGGUUAGGAGCACACUCUUAAAGGGAGUGCUCCUAAUCUCAGUUUGUUACCUGUAUAAAAGACACCUGUCCACAGAAGCAAUCAAUCAAUCAGAUUCCAAACUCUCCACCAUGGCCAAGACCAAAGAGCUUUCCAAGGAUGUCAGGGACAAGAUUGUAGACCUACACAAGGCUGGAAUGGGCUACAAGACCAUCGCAAAGCAGUUUGGUGAGAAGGUGACAACAGUUGGUGCGAUUGUUCGCAAAUGGAAGAAACACAAAAGAACUGUCUCGGGCUCCAUGUCACGAUCGUCUUAAAAGUAGCGGGCCAAGGCGCAGCGUGAGAUGCGUACAUAUUUAUUUUAUUGUACACCACAGAGAACACAACACCAAACGAAACGUGAAGUCCUUCGACACAAACACAAAUCAAAAGGAACAAGAAACCACAAACACAAAGUGAAAGACAGACAGUUAAAUAUGCCACACAGUUAAAUAUGCCACCAACCACAACAGGGGAGGGACCGGGUGGGCACUCCGCCUCGGCGGCGGAUCCGGCUCCGGACAUGACCCAGGCACGGGUUGUGCUGGACUGACGACGCGCACCCCUGGCUUGGUGCGUGGAGGAGGAACGGGCCUUACCAGGCUGACGACGCACACCGUAGGCUUGGUGCGUGGAGCAGGGACAGGCCGGACUGGGCUGACGAAGCACACCACUGACUUGGUGCGGGGAGCAGGAACGGGCCGAGCCGGGCUGACGAAGCGCACCACUGCCUUGGUGCGGGGAGCAGGAAUGGGCCGGACCGGGCUGACGAAGCGCACCCCUGACUUGGUGCGGGGAGCAGGAACGGGCCGGACCGGGCUGACGACGCGCACCACUGACAUGGUGCGGGGAGCAGGAAUGGGCCGGACCGGGCUGACGAAACGCACCCCUGACUUGGUGCGGGGAGCAGGAAUGGGCCGGACCGGGCUGACGAAGCGCACCCCUGACUUGGUGCGGGGAGCAGGAACGGGCCGGACCGGGCUGACGACGCGCACCACUGACUUGGUGCGGGGAGCAGGAAUGGGCCGGACCGGGCUGACGACGCGCACCACUGACUUGGUGCGGGGAGCAGGAAUGGGCCGGACCGGGCUGACGACGCGCACCACUGACUUGGUGCGGGGAGCAGGAACGGGCCGCGCCGGGCUGACGACGCACACCACUGACUUGGUGCGGGGAGCAGGAACGGGCCGCGCCGGGCUGACGAAACGCACCACUGUCUUGGUGGGAGUGGCAGGAACAGGCCGGACCGUACUGGGAACACACACCACUGGCCCUACGUGGGGAUCAGGAACAGGCCGGACCGGACUGGCAACACACGCCAGUACCUCUCGCCGUGCCUCUACAACCUCCUUCCCCCUGGUGACCAGUGACUCCCGUAACCUGGCGGCCUCCUCUGCCAACCCGCUGGACCGCUCUAUCGCGGCCUCCUGCUGCCCCGACGUCGUGAGCCCCCCCCUAAAAAAUUUUUCUGGGGGUCUCUCCUCCCCGUGGGCCAGGCCUCCAUCGUUCUCGCCCAACUCUCGCUCCUCUGUCUCCAACUCCCGCCAUUCAGCUCCUCGAUGGGCUUGACCCAGUCGAAGCUCCUCCUCAACUGGUCCCAAGUCCACCCUCUCUGCUCCUCACUAGGCUUGACCCAGUCGAGGUUGCCACGGAGAUCUGCCAGCGAUGGCUCCUGGACACGCUGCUUGGUCUGGUUUAGGUGGUUUCUUCUGUCACGAUCGUCUUGAAAAGUAGCGGGCCAAGGCGCAGCGUGAGAUGCGUACAUAUUUAUUUUAUUGUACACCACAGCGAACACAACACCAAACGAAACGUGAAGUCCUUCGACACAAACACAAAUCAAAAGGAACAAGAAACCACAAACACAAAGUGAAAGACAGAGUUAAAUAUGGCUCCCAAUCAGAGACAACCAGCAGACACUCGUUGCCUCUGAUUGGGAGUCACUCAGACCAACAUAGAAAAUCAAACAUAGAAUUUCACACCCUGGCUCAACAUAACAUUGUCCCCAGAGCCAGGGCGUGACACUCCAUGCAAGAUCUCACCUCGUGGCGUUGCAAUGAUCAUGAGAACGGUGAGGAAUCAGCCCAGAACUACACGGGAGGAUCUUGUCAAUGAUCUCAAGGCAGCUGGGACCAUAGUCACCAAGAAAACAAUUGGUAACACACUACGCCGUGAAGGACUGAAAUCCUGCCAAACGUCAGCCUCGAAACCUUAAUGACUUGGAGAAGAUCUGCAAAGAGGAGUGGAACAAAAUCCCUCCUGAGAUGUGUGCAAACCUGGUGGCCAACUACAAGAAACGUCUGACCUCUGUGAAUGCCAACAAGGGUUUUGCCACCAAGUACUAAGUCAUGUUUUGCAGAGGGGUCAAAUACUUAUUUCCCUCAUUAAAAUGCAAAUCAAUUUAUAAAAAUUUUUACAUGCGUUUUUCUGGAUUUCUUUGUUGUUAUUCUGUCUCCUACUGUUCAAAUAAACCUACCAUUCAAAUUAUAGACUGAUCAUGUCUUUGUCAGUGGGCAAACAUACAAAAUCAGCAGGGGAUCAAAUACUUUUUUCCCUCACUGUAUAUGCUGGUGUGUGAGUUGAUAGUGUUUUGUGUGAUAGUCUAAUGCUGUGAGUACACUCUCAACAUAGAGAGUGGCAUACACUAGUCAUAUCUAUCUACAGUAAGUGUUGUCCUUUCGAUUUCUUAGAUAGUGUGCCAUUUCUAGGUAGUGAAUACCAGUGGUUUCUGUCUGUCAAGGGCAGGGAAAUCACAUUGUUAUUGUUCCCCAUCCUUGUUACGAGCAUCGGACCUAGUGUAAACAUGAGAUAAGAGAUCAAGAUAAAAGUGUUUCUAAGAUGCCCUCUCAGAUAAGGCAGACUUUAUGAUACUAAACCACAAAGCCUUGAGGCAAACGCAGGCAAGAGGCUCUAUUGCUGAGACAUGCAGUAUUGCAGUAUCUUCAUGUGUAAAGAUUUGAUAUUCUACUGUAGGCUUCUUUCUUGCCUUCGGUCAGUACACACUGUCAAACUGACAGUAACGCUAGGAGAGUAAUCACAAUGCCUCGCCUUGCCUGCAGCUUUCAUCUGGAUCUGUCUCACUCUCUCUCUGACUCUCUUUUUCUCUCUCUCUCUUUUUCUCUCUCUCUCACACUAGCCUGGUUGCCGUCUCUGCUCAGCUAUUACAUUUGACAAAUGACAGGAGUGGCAAGGGGUGGAAUGUUAGCUAAAAAGACUGGUACCCAGACUACACAUACACGUAAAGCUUUUUUCGCACAGUCAUUUUCUGCAGUCACAGGCUCAAAGUUUAAACUACAAGGCUGGAAGAGAAACAUUACUUAGUGAUCCAUCUCUAAUUGGUGUCAGGCAGAUAUGUGAUGCCUUUUUCCUCUUUUCUCAACACUUUUAGAUCAAAUGGUGCUUAUCUGAAACUCUUUAUUUAAAAUCUGUUCUUUUAUAAUGGCACUGUUUCAAAUUUGAAAAAGGGUUCAAAAGAGAAUACAGAUCAGCUAGCUGAUUUGAUCGUAUUACAAACAGGGAUGAAUGAGUCUAUUCCGUCCCUCAUGUCUCCCUGUGCUCCUCUGUGCUCUUCCUCUGUGUGUCCAGCGGUUUGUCUCGCAGGACUUUCCUCUGACCUCUGACCUCCACCACCUCGUAGUAUCCGCUGGGGCACGCCUCCGUCACGGUCAGACGGUAAACAAACCCACCGUUGUUUCCUGUGACCUUUAACCUUUGACCCCUGCCAUUAACCACCGUUAAUAACACCACCAUACAGCGCCUAUAGAGCUUCACCCCCAGUUGACACAGGGAGCAGUUUGUGCCAUAACACCGUGAUAACCAUAAUAACCUGUGUCCUGUCCUGUAGGUGUUACUGUAGAUGUGGUGUGCUGUGUCGGCUGCUGUUGAAAUCAAGAGAUGGUUUGUCAUAUGUGUAGUUGUGUGAGGCUUCAGUAGUCUAAUCUAACAGGCCCUGCCUACUGACACAGUGUGGAUGAAGUGGGGCGCUUGGAGAAUUGAGAUGAAACUCAUCAAGCUGUGGACUCCCUCUUAACCCAUCGCUUCAGUCUGCCAAAUCAAACUAUGAUACUCAUCGCUCUCUCUCUCUCUUUCCUUCCCUCCUCUCUCCCUCUACUUCCCCCUCCCUCUUCUCUCUCCCAAACUCCCAACCUCCUCUCUUUAUCCCUCCCUCCCUCCCUCCUUCACUCCCCCCUCCACCCAACAGGAGAACCUGAAGCUAAGGGAACAGAACGACGACCUGAAUGGUCAGAUCCUCAGUCUGAGUCUGUAUGAGGCUAAGAACCUGUUCGCCACCCAGACCAAGGCCCAGUCGCUGGCUGCCGAGAUAGACAACGCCUCACGAGACGACGUGAGUUUUUCAUUCAUAAUGAGAAUCAUUUGAUCAUUUGAUCAUUUCGGAGUAACCCUAGAAGAGUUGAUUUAGGUCAUAGUAUAACCAGAUAAUGGCACCACCAUAUCUGAUGGUAACAUAACAUUGAUUUGAUAUUUCUCCACAGUUGAUGGAGGCCCUCAAGGAGCAGGAGGAGAUCAACUUCCGUUUGCGGCAGUACAUGGACAAGAUCAUUUUGUCUAUCCUGGACCACAACCCCUCCAUCUUGGAGAUCAAGACCAACUAGAACCCCUCUACUAGUAACCCACUACUAAAACCCCCUAAAGGAAUGGGGAACGGGAAAGGGAAAGGAAGACUAGCCAAGCUGGGGCAUGGGACAGCUAGACUUCAUUGCCCCCUGCUGCCCCAGGGGUGGAACUGUGAACUUGGGUGUAUUCAUUAGGCACAAAACAGAAGAAAACAGACUAAAACUGGGCGGUACAACCUGGACUCGUCCAAUUAGAAACACUUGUUUUUGUGUUCCAUUGAGAAACGUUUUGCUAUGGUGUGCCCU